CCCUCAUCCUCCAAUGCGGCCCCCCCAAGUGACUCUACCUGCUUCCACCCAUUCUCAUGGGGUCUGAUUACGCUCUUUUUAACGCGUAGAUUCGCGAUGGACCCUGCCUCCUUGAGAAAAAAGCCCCUGGGGCUUGAUGUCCCCCGCAUCGUUGGCAACGAGUCGCCGCCAGCGAUUGCAGCUUUGUUCGUGAUUCACUUUGAUAUUAAAGCUGGAUACGUCGUAACCUGGAAACGUUCAAUUCCCGGUGUCGAAGUCGAAGGAGCCGUCGAGUAUAAGUCGUUACCGUCUGGUUUACACCAUGUUUCGGAAGAUUUAGUCUAUUUUGUUCACGAGGAAUAUGCCGGUAUCAGCGCGUUUAUAAAUUGCCCCGCAGAGGAAGCGGAGCGUAAUGCGAAAAUGUUCGCUGUGGGAGUUCUUGUUCCCUUGAGCUCUGGAAGGCUAGGUAAAAGCUGGCGACAUGCUCCCAAGUUGAAGGAUUUAGCCCUGCAGUACUCAGAAGAUGUAUCUAACAUGCGGCUAUUAUCCGAAUACUGGGACACCUACGAACUCUCUGCAAACGACGUGUCAGCUGUACCGCCUGAUUCCCCUCUUGAAUCCCCUCUCAGUCUCCGGCUAAGAGCCCACGGAGACCGCCCAGAUGCUUCGCACAGGAAUCGCGUCUUUAGCGAUGCGAUCGUGCUGGAAACGCCCAGGCCGGCCCUGACACCUUUCCACCCAGCUUCGUCCCUUCCUGAUUUCUUGGACACCUUUGGUCCUCUUCUAUUUCCUUUGUACAGAGCCGCAUUACUGCGCAAAAGGGUCCUUCUCAUGGCUGAAGCCCCGGUGCACGCGCCUUGUAACUAUGUAUACGACUUGUCCUUGCUGGCUUCAUUACCUAAUUCUCUUCUCCCUUUGCUCCCUCUCGAGGGGCUACCCUCUCUGCGCCCACGUCCGCUGUUCAACGUUGGUGUUUAUGACAUCCCAUACCUUUCUUCCUUCGUCGGGGCUUCGCCCAAUUCCGAACCUGACUGCGCCUGGAUUGCUUGCAGUACGGACAGUGUCCUGAGCAUGAAAUCCGAGCUUUUCGAUGUCCUUGUCACUCUCCCCCCUUCUCAUUCCAAAGAGGCUGCAGAGAAAGUGUACCCAACAGUCUCUUUUUUCACUCCAUCCCCACAAAAGAAAACGCCCCAAGCAACGGAGCUGAAAGCCACACAGCGGGAUGUACGGCGUUACAAGACCCUACGCAAGGCAUUGCGCCAUAUAUUCCGGAACGAGGACACCCAAUCGAACAACGACGACAACUCCGAUGCGGAAUCAACCUUCUCCUCUAGCCCUAUUGUCGAACCCCUCUCGUGGACCCGACUCGCAUACACCUCGUUCAUCUGGUGGGCCUCCGCCGGUGAAAAGCGCGACGGGUUCUCGGAGGAGGAGGAAGAAGAACAUCAAAUUGAGCAGGACGCGCGACUCCUUGCUAGUGUCGAGAGUCUGCCAAGCCUGCCUUCAAGCUCAGUCCGCCAGCGAAGCAUUCAAGCCAUGGAAACCCCAAAACAGCCACCGGAAGUUGCCCUAGUAGCUUACUUCCGACAACUGACCACUGACAUUUUCAUCACCUUAUCGGACGUGAUUGCCCGUCACGACAGCCAAAACGGCGAAGACCCCAACAAUGGCGUCUCGACCCCCUACGAUGACGACGAUGAUGGUGACAACGCCACAAACAACGGUCUAGAGAGCGAUGACGACGACAACGACGACGAAGCACUUAUCGGACCGGCUGCUGGGGAAGACGAAUCAACCUCUCCACUGUUAGGGCCACGGCCACAGACCGCAAACCAAGACACAGAAAGGGGCCCCGUUACCGUGAGCACGGAGGAUAUGGUAGAGAUGGGUCUUGACGUCUGGAGUCCCGCUGACCGUAUCUUUGUGGAGGAAUUGGUUCUUCUGUGGUGGGGACGGACGGCUUAUGUUGAUAGCGCGAGGAUUAGAUGUUGUGGGAUUUCGAUUAUCUGAUAUGAUGUGAUAGGAAGGGGUUUUGUUCUAAUAACAAUGGGAUAUAUACUUGUGUUUACAACAAGUCUUGAGUGUUUCAUCUAUAUGACUGGGUUCGAUUUAGCCUUUAUUUUAUGUAUUUGAAAGGAUAUAACAAAUCCAGGGCAUCUGCG